UGCUCCGGGUCGAGCGCUGGAGCCCAGAGAGGUGGCUGCUGGGGCGGUGGGCAGGCGGAGGGCGCACGGGACCCUCAGCGCAGGCUGCCGGGCCCAGGGGUUCCGCCCGCGGGAAGCCGCAGAGGAACCGCCUGCGGCGGGGAGGCGAGGACCGGGGCUGGGCACUCCCAUCCCGGUGGACGUCCCUGGCUGGCAGGGGCUGGCGGGGUGAACAGGGAGGCUCCUUGCUGGCUCGCACUGUAAGUCCGUCCGUUUCCCACAUCAUGGUACACGCUUCCGUGAGUGUACGGUGCAGUCUGCAAAGUGUGUCAGGGUUGGUAUAGCAGCACACACUGAUUGCUAGUCAGCACAGACAAUAAUGCCAUCUCUGCCUCAAGAAAGAGUUAUUCAGGGACCCUCUCACCUGGAUCUGAACAGAGAAUUGCCCUAUCAAAACACAAUGAAAAGGAAAGUCAGAAAGAAGAAAAAGAAGGGAAUCAUUACAGCAAAUGUUGCUGGGACAAAGUUUGAAAUUGUUCGUUUAGUAAUAGAUGAAAUGGGAUUUAUGAAAACUCCAGAUGAGGAUGAAACAAGUAACCUUAUAUGGUGUGAUUCUGCUGUUCAGCAGGAGAAGAUUGCAGAGCUGCAAAAUUAUCAGAGGAUCAACCAUUUUCCAGGAAUGGGGGAGAUCUGUAGGAAGGAUUUCUUAGCAAGAAAUAUGACCAAAAUGAUCAAGUGCCGGCCACUGGAUUAUACCUUUGUUCCUCGAACGUGGAUCUUUCCUGCUGAAUAUACACAAUUCCAGAACUAUAUGAAAGAAUUGAAGAAGAAAAGAAAGCAGAAAACUUUUAUAGUAAAACCAGCUAAUGGUGCAAUGGGUCAUGGGAUUUCUUUGAUAAGAAAUGGUGACAAACUUCCAUCUCAGGAUCAUUUGAUUGUUCAAGAAUACAUUGAAAAGCCUUUCCUAAUGGAAGGUUACAAGUUUGAUUUGCGAAUUUAUAUUCUCAUAACAUCGUGUGAUCCACUAAAAAUAUUUCUCUACCAUGAUGGACUUGUGCGAAUGGGAACAGAGAAGUACAUUCCACCUAAUGAGUCCAAUUUGACCCAGUUAUACAUGCAUCUGACCAACUACUCUGUAAACAAGCACAACGAGCGCUUUGAAAGGGAUGAAACUGAAAACAAAGGCAGCAAACGUUCCAUCAGAUGGUUUACAGAAUUCCUGCAAGCAAAUGAACAUGAUGUUGCUAAAUUUUGGAGUGAUAUUUCAGAAUUGGUUGUAAAGACUCUGAUUGUAGCAGAACCUCAUGUCCUACAUGCAUAUCGAAUGUGCAGACCUGGUCAAUCUCCGGGAAGUGAAAGUGUUUGCUUCGAAGUCCUGGGAUUUGAUAUUUUGUUGGACAGAAAACUGAAGCCAUGGCUCUUGGAGAUCAAUCGAGCUCCAAGUUUUGGUACUGAUCAGAAAAUAGAUUAUGAUGUGAAAAGGGGAGUGCUGCUAAAUGCACUGAAGCUACUAAACAUCAGGACCAGUGAUAAAAGAAGAAACUUGGCCAAACAAAAAGCUGAGGCUCAAAGGAGGCUUUAUGGUCAAAAUUCAAUGAAAAGGCUCUUACCAGGUUCCUCAGACUGGGAACAGCAGAGACAUCAGUUGGAAAGGCGGAAAGAAGAGUUGAAAGAGAGACUCGCUCAAGUACGAAAGCAGAUCUUGAAAGAAGAACAUGAAAAUCGGCACAUGGGAAAUUAUAGGCGAAUUUAUCCUCCAGAAGAUAAAACACUACUUGAAAAGUAUGAAAAUUUAUUGGCUGUUGCCUUUCAGACCUUCCUUUCAGGAAGAGCAGCUUUAUUCCAGCGAGAGCUGAAUAAUCCUUUGAAAAGGAUGAAGGAGGAAGAUAUUUUGGAUCUUCUGGAACAAUGUGAAAUUGAUGAUGAAAAGUUGAUGGGCAAAACUGCCAAGCCUCGAGGACCAAAGCCUCUGUUGUCCAUGCCUGAGAGCACCGAGGAAAUGAAGAGGUGGAAGGUGUGCAGCAGUGACAGCAGCUGUGACGAGAGCAGCAGCAGUUCAGAAUCAGAUGAUGAAAAGGAAGAAAACCAACAUGAGGAAAGAGAAAAAGUCACAUGUAAUCUUAGACAGUCCAGCCACUGCAAAUUAACUCAACCGACCUGCUCUAUGAGGCGUUCAGUCAGUUGCCCUCGGUCCAUCUCUUCUCAGUCACCUUCUGUUGUGGACAGCCGCCCCUUUUCUGCUCAGCAAAUGGUAUCAGCAUCCGGGCCAGUUUCAGGGUCUCGGUCACAUUCUUUAAACCGUGUUUCCUCCUACAUGAGAUAUUUGCCUCACAGUAAUGAUGGCACCUCUACUAACUCUCAGAUGAGUGAGUCUUUGCGGCAACUGAGAACAAAAGAACAGGAAGAUGAUCUAACAAGUCAGACCUUAUUUGUUCUCAAGGACAUGAAAAUCCGGUUUCCAGGAAAAUCAGAUGCAGAGUCAUUACUUCUGAUAGAAGAUAUCAUUGAUAACUGGAAGUAUCAUAAAACAAAAGUGGCUUCAUAUUGGCUCAUAAAAUUGGACUCUGUAAAACAACGAAAAUUUUGCUCUUCAAGAUACUUUUCCAGAACAGACUCUCAUUUCUCAGGUUUCACUUUGUUGCAAGGAACAGUUUCACUAAGACAACUACUGAGUGCUAGACCUGACUUGAGCCUUGGGGACAUGAUGAGUUUUUACCAAGAUGGGCAUAAUUCCUCCCUUUAUGUUUUGGACAUAGUAAAAAAAAGUAUUCGUACAGUUCUUCCACAUAUCUGGAAAGUACCUGAUGUCGAGGAAGUAAAUUUAUAUCGGAUUUUCAACCGGGUUUUUAAUCGUUUACUCUGGAGUCACGGCCAAGGACUGUGGAACUGUUUCUGUGAUUCAGGAUCCUCUUGGGAGAGUAUUUUCAGUAAAAGCCCGGAGGUGGUAACUCCUUUGCAGCUCCAGUGUUGCCAGCGCCUGGUCGAGCUCUGUAAACAGUGCCUGCUAGUGGUUUACAAAUACGCAGCUGACACAAGAGGAUCACUCUCAGGCAUUGGCACUGAUUGGGGUAAUUCCAGACAUACGGAUUGUACUGGCCUAAUGCCAAUCAAAGUUUUCCCAGAGGAAGACAGAUUUUACAGGUAUUUACUACCAGGAAGUACACAAUUCUUUAUGAGAACACCAACAUACAACUUGAAAUACAGUUCACCUGGAAUGACUCGCUCCAAUGUUUUGUUUACAUCUCGAUAUGGACAUUUGUGAAGCAGAAGGGAAGAUUGCCAUGGGUUAUACAUAAUAGCAAUUCAUUUUUUUCCCCCAUUUUAAACAUGCAAAGAAAGUGCCCAUUAAGUGCUGUUUUAUGUAUAUAUGACAUAAUAUAUGUGUGAAAAUACGUAACACAUUCACUCAAAUAACAUAUAUGUUUAUUAUAAUAUAUGAAAGAAGAAUUAGCAGAAAACUGGUAUAAGACUUAACCUUUCUGGAAAUAUAAUAAACCAUGUUAAAAUUGCUUACACAAAUAUGUGAAUGUCUAGACUUCGCUAGGUUUAUAAUACCUUCCUACUAGAAAUGUUAUUUUUGCUGCAGAGUAUAUAAAACAAUUGAUCUUGAAGAUCCCAUUACAGUGUUAAAAUAUUUUCUAGAUAACACAUCUUUUGACUUGAAAAAACAUUAAUAGUAUGAUACCUUAUUAAUUCUCUUAAAUAUAGUGGCCAUUUAAAAUAAAAAAAUUUAGAAGCCUGGGGUUGCUUGAUGAUAGGCUUAAGUAUAAAACGGGUUUAUCGUUAAUGUAGCACACUGUAAAGUACUAUGAAAAUUACCUAAUUCCCCAACAUUUUUAUUUCUCUGUGUGGAAAUACAGUUACUUAUGAUAAUGUGCAUUUUCAGUAAGGAUCUAGUAAAGAUUGUAUUAUGAUUUAAAAUGGAAGACAAUCCAGUGGGUUAAAACUAAACAAAACAUAAACUAGCUUUUAUUUUUACUUUUCAGGAACAGAAAAUGAUGGUAAUGACAAAACCUUUGCAUAUGAUUUUUGUAUCUCAUACCACUCAUUUUUAUUUGGAAAAUAUAUCUCUGAUGGGUACACAUGGUCAAAUUCAAUUUCUUCUGUCCUCCAGAAGUAUAAGAGUUGACAUUUCAAAAUCAUUCUGGCGUUACAGGACAAUGUAUGAUGCUUAUUUUCUAAGUCUCUCAAUGUUAGGAUCAACUUACACUGCAAAGUCCAAUACAGAGUUUCACACUGCACCAUAGACAAUAAUAUAAAUUAUUGCAAGUAGAAGAUUCUGAUUACUAGAUAUUAUUAGUCAUGGAUAUACCCUUGAGAAUUUAAAUAAAUUAAAAUAGAGUAAGAAGUUUUCUUGUUGCCCACAGUUAUUAUGCAUAAGUUUCAUAGCAAUUUACUUCCUUUUCUUGCAUACAGUUAAAAAAAAAUGAGUGAACCUUCAGUUUUCCAUAAAAAUAAAAACAGCAUCAUCACUGAUGUGGAAUUCCUUAGAAAUCACAAUAUUCACCUCUUAGAAGUUUGUUUAAACUUCUCCCAACAAUUUUAUUUCCUCCCAGAUGCUAAUUCUUUGCAAAAUUCAUGAAUGUUUUAUCUCCUUUCAGUUAUCUUUAAAGCUAUUUCCAGGAAAUCAAGAACUGGCCCCAAAGCAGAAGGAGAGCUGAGAGAGGCAAACUGGCCUGUUUUAAUUCACAAGUUGCAUAAUUGGGAAUCCAAAAUUGUAAGUUAGAUACAUUUUGCUUUUAAAGCCAUGAACCUGUGAUAGGCUAACAUAAGUCCUUCACUAAAUUUUUGCUAGCUACUUGAUUCUUUAUGACUACCUAACAUCCAUAUUUGAAUGGAUAUUUUUCCUUUCUAGAUGCGUCCUAAAGAAUUUGUAACUAUCUUUGUUGAAAAGAGGAUAAGGAUGUCAUGAUGAAGGAAGUUACAGUGAAAUUCUGUUUAUGAGUACAUUUUAUGAAUUCUUAAAUAUGUUGUAGAUUUCUUAGAUUAAGUAAUACAAAAAUUGAGAUAUGAUAAAAUCAUUAUAAGAAUGAACAGCAAGUCACCCUUUUCAUGGAGUAUUUUUAGUAAUUUUUCUUUUAAAUUCAUGAUUUGUUUUAAUGAGACACAAUUUUAAGUGUCUGGUAUAUGAUAUCAACCCAAUUAGUUGGCCACUCGCAUUAGUUUAAACCAAAAUGGUUAUUUAAAUUGCUAGAAUGGGUGCCUUGGAAUUUCUGUCCUUAGUUUUACGAGAGUGAAAUUUUUAUUUAAAACAAAAAAGAAGAAUGUAGAACAUGAGGAUGAACUUGCUUACACAGAAAAAAAUUAAAAACCAAGAGUAAAUUUAAAUGUGUGAAACUACCCAACUAAUUGAAGAAAAAAUUUCAUUUUUCUAACUACUUAAGUCUGGCUUUUUUUUGAGCACUAGAAUUUUAUUGCCCACAUUUGCCUCUUUUUUACUGAUCUAGUUUGAUGUGGUGAAGUUAUGAAUAAAAGCCAUGUGCUCAUUAUUUAUACAUACCACCUGGUCUGCUGUGGACUGUGGUUGCUGAGGUGCUUAUUCCCUAAUGAGAAGCUGAGAAGACACAGUAAUAAACUGUGGAAGUCUCUGGAGGCAAUAGAAAUGGUUUAGAGGUGUAAAAUAUUCCUUAGUUUUUAUUAUAAAUAUUUUAUUCAUAGGGUUAGAACAUAUCAGAAUAAAUAAUAGUACGGGUCUGACUCUCUCUUUUAGGAGAGAAAAUAACUUCAUCUGAAAAACUCCAGAAGCUAUUCAAUCUUACCAGGAGUUUUUAAUAGGGAAUUUGGUUACUUACGAUGAAAGCAUAUUUUCAUUCUGUUAUAAAAAAACAUAUCCCUGCUCAUUCUGUAAAUCUAAGAUUAGAAUGCUUUCCAGAACUGUAUAUAAUUGGACUGCUUUCCAGAAUUGAAUAAAAAGCAAACUUUUAAUCUUAGAACAUGGUAGGAGAUUGUAGAUUAGUUUUCACCUUAAUAAUCCAGCAUUGUUAGUAGUUACUAUUUGCUUUAUGUAAUCUGUUGAAGGAACUACUGUGAUUCAUAUUAUGAUUUUUUUAUUAGCAAUAAAUUUUAUUUUACUAGCAUUUCACUUACCUUGCACGAAUAAAAAUGAAGUUAUAUCAGGACCAAAUAUGAGUGGCAUUGGUAACCUCUGCCAGAUGCAAAGAUCUAUACAGAUUUUUUCAUAUAUCCAAAUUAGGUCUAAAUACAAAACAUUUUCUACUAAUUCCUCUUUCCUAAAACUAAAAUAAACCAAACUGAUAAAACAAAAAAACCUCAACCUUCUUUUCAUUUAAUAUAUAUACUCAGCUAGAUUGUUGUGGUUUCUAGACAUAAGAAAAAGAACUUCAUUCUAAUUCUCUUUUUAAUUUGGAAAGUGUAUGAUUACAGGAUUUUGUUACCUAACUCAAAUUUUCAUAUUUUAAUAUAAAUUAAUACAAAUGCUGUCUUCUUUAACAUAUCAAAGUCAUUCUGUUUAAAAACUCUGUAAACCCAUUACUUGACCUUUUCAAAAGCACCAAAAAAUUAAUAGUUGCAUAAAGUCUUUUAUUUCUGUUUUCUGUAAAGCACUGAUUUAUCCUUAAAUGUAUAUUCUUUAAAAAUUAAUAGCAAAUACCUGGAGACAAGUGACAGAAAAUGCCUUUUCUGUUCUGUAAUGCUAAUUUACAUUUGAGUUAGUUUACUUCGUUCUCAGUAUUAAACAAUAAAACAUGUAACUACAAUUAAUUGUGUUGCUGUGGCCUGAUGGUUUUGAAAAUUUGACUUCCUUUUAAAUUGAGAAAUCUAAGUUUUUAAGGACUGAAUUAGCUAUGUAAACAUUUUCAGCUAAUGUUAUAAAUAAAUAAAAAUCUGGAAACAUAUUAAUGAUCAAAAUUUUAUUCCUUACACCUCUUUUUCUUUUCUUUUUCUUUCUAUUUUUUAACUUUAAGUUCUCUUUGAAAUUUUGACCUUUGCAUGGGAUAAGUCAAGAAAAGAGAAAUCCUGCUUUUUAAAUAUUAAUUUUCCUUGCAUGUUAUGGUGGUGUAUUUCUGCCUCAAUAACAAUAAAACAACUAAAAUGUGUUAUUGGAUCAAAUUCAGUUUGUCUGCUAAGAUUUUUAAGAAUCAGGUUGAAUUCUGUAUGCCUACAAAGCAUUCAUUUCCUGGAUCCAUAUGAACCGAGAUACAUGGCUACAAAUAAUAGUUCUGCAACCAAAAAGUGGUAUAUUAAAACUUACUGCUUGA